ACCCAACAUUUAAGGACAGAUUGUUUUGACUGUUCCUCAGCGAGUCAGAGCUGCAAACCUUGCUGGAGGAUCUCUGCUAAUGGUCGAGUUUUAAAAUUGUUUCUGCUGGAACCACACAGGUUUGUCCUGUUUCCUACACUGCGGUCGGGAGGUGCAAAAUAAAUUAAAUAUACAGUCUCACAGACGAGGAGCAGAGGAACCUAGCCACAGGGAAUUUUGCUAUUGAUGUCAAUUAAAGCAGAUUUCUCUCUUAUCUGCUGAACAGAUUGAUGUCCAGUUCACCAAUGACAACCAGUCAGAUGCUCCUGUCUCAGGAGGCCAUCGCUCAGCUGAACCAGGCUCUGUCUGGUGAUAAUCUGGGAGUGCGUCGCCAUGCUGGGUCCAUCUCCACACGCAGGAGCUCCCAGUCCAUAGACGUCCACGGUAACAAACAUCUCCCGCAUCCCAAGAACACAGAAGGAAAAGCCCACAUUCCAUCCAGAAGGAGCUCGGUCAUGAGCAACAUCAAUGUCCCAUUCUACCGUAAGGGCUCCAUCACCAUGAUGCUCGGCAAAAGGCAUUCCAUGAGCUGGAUGUUGUCCGGCCAGCUCAGUUUCUCUGGAUUGCCACUGUACCAACCCAUCAAAGAAGUAACACACGGAAACACCUACAAAGCCCAGCCUGAUGAGGGCUGCAAAUUCGACACUGGUAAAGUCCAGAAGCUCCUGGAGAACAUGCUUUCGAGUUACUUGGCUGACAGCAAGUACAGCCCUCUGACAAGUGGACAGUUGGCACAGGGCCUGAGCGACUUCAUCAGGCUCAAAGUGAAGGACGUCAAUGCACCGAGAUACAAGCUGGUGUGUCAUGUGGUACUGGGCCAACUCAGUGACCAGGGGCUGCACAUUGUCAGCCGUUGUCUCUGGGACACGUCCACUGACUCCUACGCAGCCGCCACUUACAGAAACUCCUCACUCUUCGCUGUUGCUACAGUCCACGGGGUCUAUUUUGAAUAAGUAACUUACAGAAGUGUUUGACCAAAGAAUACCUUAAGUGUAAUGGCGAGCAAUGCUACAUAUGACUUGUUUUAAAAGAUCAUUUUAAAAUAUUGUCUUUGCAGUAGUGAUCCACAGUAGUGGCUAAUAGUUGAGCCUUUCUUUAAGUAGGAAUAACACCUUCCAGGAACUGUGGUCCCAAGCCUCAGGUUCAUCAUCAGCUGUUCAGUGACAGACACCAACCUUCAGCCGGGUGGGAAACCCAUACAGGAAGAUUAAGUGCUGGCCUCCUUGAGGUUCUAGACUUGAGGACCAGGUGCGACACCAGGUUUACUCAGCACAACCUGCUUAACCCAGGUGUAGGGCCAUCACAAGGAGAUGUGGAGGUGCUCUGCCCCCAGGGAGCUGAGCAAUAGGUCAGUGCGUAGGAAACCUCACACUAGCCAAUUGUGGCCUGGGUUAACUUAUCCUAACUACCAGAUUCUCUGAAUUUAGCCUGGUGUAUGAGCAUGGCAUUGUAGCUUUACAUGAAUGCUUCACUUCAGACUCUAAACACUAUUAAAGUUUUACAAAAAU